ACAAAGCAGGACUAACACAUACCAUACACACCAACAACUAGCACUCCUGUCUGAAAAGAAGUGACCAAUGCAUAUGGAAUAUACUGAUGUUUACGCGUAAGAAGUUUCCUGGUGGAUACUGACCUGCCUGUCUGGAGCUACACACUGUACAUAGGAAGGGGACCUGUCACCUUGUGAAUUUGUUGUGUGGCGAUUGUCUGCUGGGGUUGAGGGCUAUUUUCCUGGUCAUUCUGUCACUGCUAUGGCCUGUGUCUGUGUCUGUGGGAGCCAGCCUAGAACUGGCCCUUGUCCAGGGAGGGGUCUGUUCUAGCACUGCACUGGAUGCUGAGUUAAGUGUGUGUGUGAGUGAGAGGGGGAGACCUGUUCUUACUGCAGUCAGAGGGAUCAACCGUCUGUCAGCUCUGCAGCGAUGCAGGGCCCUGCCGUGAUUCUGCUGCUACUCAGCUAUGGCACAAUACAACAGAUGACCUUCAUAAUGGGUGAUCCUACAGCAGCCAGACAGCACUGUCAAGACUACAACUCCACCUGCAUCCCUCACACAGACAAACAGGAGAAAGUGAUUUUAGCUGGUGAGAAGGUGCUUGGUCGAGUUGCGAGCAGGGCAACAUUCAGAGAAGAGUCUCAUGGAUCCAGGCUGAGAGAUCAGACUGCAGAGCAGGACACAGCCCAAAAUACUAACCUAUCAGCACAGUCAUUGCCAUCAGUAAGAGCUCAGUCAGAGCCAGAGACACAGAGAAAGACAAGGAUAACACCUGAAGCAGACAAGUUAAAGCUCACUCAGAAGAUAGGAUGGCUGAAUGAAACUUCCACACUGCAGGAUGAUACAGCAGCAAAGAUCACUAGAAAUAGUACUAUAGUCAAAUAUGUAGGGCUUGAUACUGGCACAGUAGCAGAGUCCCCCCUUUCUGCUCCUGACUGGCCGUCUGAGAGUGACAGAUCCAGUGAACCCAUUUCAUCUAGCAAAAUAAAGGAGCCACACGGUCCAGGAGGCGUCACAAACAGAACAGUAUAUUCACAAACCUCUGGAUCUCUUCAUCAGCCAAACCAAACCAAUACAGCCAGAGAUGUCUCUGUGAUGAAAGGUGUAGUAGUACCAUCUCAGACAGUGGAGACAGCCAUUCUCAGUCCCACUGCAUGGUCAGAAAACCCCACUGAACCAGCCCUGCUGUUCCAGGAGUCAGACAGUGAUGGAGAAUCAAUAGGCUCAGGGAGAAAUACAUCAGUGAGGUUAGAUGAUUUACAGAUCCCACCUGAACCCAAACAGGGCUUUGGGCCUACAAGACAAACAUGGUCCUUAGAACCCACCAUAAAACCCAACCUUUUGGAAUUCAAGAAAAUAGAUGUGGAGGAGCUACUGAGGCAGGCUGUGAUUCCUCUGCCUCCACUGCUACCUCCAAAGAAUAGCACUGUCACAGGGAGAAAGACUGUCCCAGAGGCUCCUCUGCCUCCAGUGCUAUCUCCAACACCUCAAAAUACCACUGAUAUCACUUCCACAUCAACAGGUGACAAAGCUUCAAAGAGACAAAGUGGCCGAAAGACUGUGACAAAGACUUUGACAGAUUCUGGACAAGUCAUGGAGAAGGGGGAUAAAGUUUUAUCCCAGGAGCCACCCACAGAGGAUCUAGAGACAGACACAGAAACAAAGACAGAGUUCGAGUCAGCAGAAGAGAUGGACACAGAAACAGAAAUGGAAGAAGUUGAUGAGGACAAUGAUAAGGAAUCAGAGACAGAGGAAACAGAUGUAGGCGACAGCAAGUUGGCACACGACAUCACUCAAGUCAACACAAGGCAGUUUAAAAAUAGUGGGGGAGCCGUCAAAACUGAUGUUCUAACUGAGCUCAUGUCCCCGGAGCCGAGAGGAUCAGAGCGGGAACUGCCGCCUACCCCUCUACCUCCUGCCAGUGUGCCAGGUAAAGUACACAGCAUGUGUCCUUUGACACAGUACCCUCACAGCAUGCACCCCUCAGACUCUCUGUGGCCCGAGUUUUACUUCUGUUUCCUCAGAGACACUGAGCAGAGAGGUCAAAAGGUCGUCGCCAUGACAGCAGGGGCAAGGCCUCAACCUCUGACACAGGGUCUGUCUCUGAAAGCUCAGAGGAUGCUGUACGAGUCCAGGAUGAACACCCUGUCCGUUCCUGUCGUUUCAGCCAAUCACCAACCAAGACAUGCACUCAAAGAGCGAGGGACAGCCUAUAGACCGGGUCUUCGAGUGCAACAGGGACUUCAGGGCCCACCUGGUUUGACAGGGCCACCUGGACCAAAAGGGGAUAAAGGCUACGCUGGUGGGAUGGGCCGGACUGGACGCACAGGUUACCGAGGCCCGAUUGGUCCACCAGGGAUGCCCGCCAUCGUAGUGUUCAAGAGCUCUGAGGAAGAGUGGGAGACCUUCAAGAAAAAGACAUUCUACAAAAAGCUUGUUGCAACUUGGCCGAGAUUGAAAGGCCCUCCAGGGCCUCUUGGCCCCCCUGGGGAUGCUGGACCUCCUGGACCCCCGGGAAUUACUGGAAAACAAGGACGAAAAGGAGAUGGAGGGAAAAUCGGUGGUCCUGGACCACCAGGGAUGCCCGGGCCUCCAGGAAGAACUGGGAGUGAUGGGAUUGAUGGUAUAAAUUCUGAUGAUGGCCCUGCAGGACCACCUGGGGAACAGGGUCUCCAGGGUUACAGAGGAGAGAAGGGCAGCAAAGGGGAGCUGGGUGAGUGGGGUUAUGAAGGGGAACCAGGACCCCAGGGAAACAGAGGACGGAAAGGAGACAAGGGGAAUAAAGGAAACCGAGGGCUCAUAGGGAUCACUGGAUACAUAGGAAUACCUGGAACCAGAGGACAACUGGGCUACCCGGGAACAUCUGGACCUCCUGGAGACAUCGGUGGCAUUGGUUUUGUUGGAUCGCCAGGCCCUCCUGGCAAAAUGGGGCCAAGAGGGCCAAAGGGGGUACCAGGAGUCAAUGGACCACCAGGCCAACCAGGUGAGCGAGGCCUAAGGGGACCACUCAGGCCUCAGGGAGAGCCAGGUCCUGAUGGGAUUGUUGGAUUCCCUGGCGUUCGUGGACCUCAGGGAAAAACAGGUGCAGAUGGGCCUACAGGUCCGAAAGGGGAUCCCGGGGACGCAGGUGAUGAGGGGAAUAUAGGAGAAUCAGGACUCUCUGGGCUUCACGGAGCCAAUGGCAAACCAGGAAAAACUGGACCCUCAGGUGACCCAGGGAUCAAAGCAUCUAAGAGAAGUGACAAGGGUGACCCAGGAUUUAAAGGGGACCAGGGUCGACCCGGGCCUCCAGGUAAAAGAGGCUUCAAAGGCAGAGGAGGAGCAUCGGGGCAGCUAGGUAAUGUUGGACCAAUGGGGCCCCCUGGAUUUCCUGGAACCACAGGUUAUGAUGGAAUCAUUGGGGAGAAUGGGAAGCAGGGAAAAGAUGGGCAAAAGGGUGACAGAGGUCUUAGUGGUGGGCCAGGCAUUGUUGGACCAAGAGGCGAUAAGGGGCGAGAAGGUCGAGUAGGAUUUGCCGGUUUGCCAGGGCCUUUUGGAGAGAUGGGGAAGUCAGGAGAGAGAGGAGCUGAAGGAGAACCCGGUAUUAAGGGGAGGACUGGAAUUCCAGGAGUCAUUGGACUGAAAGGGCUGAAGGGACUUCAAGGCUAUCUAGGAGGUAGGGGACUGGAUGGAACACAUGGACCCCCGGGACCCAUCGGAGGAACUGCAUCUGACGGGGAUACUGGAUCUACUGGACUAAGGGGAAUGGUGGGGAAGACUGGGGCACCAGGGAUUCAAGGUCCAGUUGGGAAGAGUGGGGAUUCUAGUGGUAGAGGGAUCACUGGUAAGCCAGGAAAGCCAGGAGUCAGGGGUGCCAAAGGUAAAGAGGGUCCGAACGGCCUUCUGGGAAAUCCUGGCCUGAAGGGAAACAGAGGUCAAGAAGGUUCGAAGGGGAAACGCGGAAGUCCAGGCGUGCAGGGAUUGACAGGGAUACAGGGAUACAGAGGAGCUCCUGGCAUAGCAGGCAAUAUAGGACCAUGGGGUGAGGUGGGCCACCAAGGGCCACCAGGGGACAAGGGUCCCCCAGGAUCAGUUGGGCCCCGUGGAGUUGUAGGUUACCCAGGUAAAGAUGGACCACAAGGAGGCAUUGGGCCAGUGGCAGACAAAGGGGAUAAGGGGUCCAGAGGAGCUAUCGGACAGAAGGGAGUUGCUGGUGUCGAUGGUGAGGAGGGCCCAACUGGAUUGUGGGGGCCAAUGGGGCCACCAGGACUGAAGGGGUUACCGGGUGAGAAGGGGAAGAUGGGCGCUCAGGGGGAAAGAGGUGGAAAAGGGAUCCAGGGAGACAGAGGCAACCAAGGUCAACAAGGACCAAAGGGCCCACUGGGGAAAGAAGGAUACUUAGGGCCAUCAGGGGACAGAGGGAAAGAAGGAGCUUCAGGACUAAAGGGCCAGCCAGGCAUCAGAGGCCCUACAGGUCUCGCUGGGCGCUACGGACCAGGGGGCAACACCGGAAGAGGCCGGGCCAAGGGAGAGAAGGGGCUCCCCGGAACCACAGGGCCUCCUGGAAGGUUUGGGCCAACAGGCUUAGUUGGACCAAAAGGACCAACUGGUUUACCAGGAAAAAGAGGAGUCGAUGGAAAAAGUGGACUUGGUGGACUUAAGGGAGAGUAUGGGGAGAGGGGAAAGACUGGGACUGGCGGUGUCAAAGGAGACGUGGGAUUGCAAGGUCCAAGGGGGAAGAAAGGAGAGUCUGGAGCAGGAGGCAAAAUGGGGACAUUGGGAAAGAGGGGGUUCACCGGGUCUCCAGGAGGUAAAGGCAGACCUGGGCCUGCUGGUGCCACUGGAGAGAAAGGUGUUAAAGGAAUAGAAGGGCCAAAGGGAUUGCAUGGCAGCCCAGGAAAGAGGGGAGGCAGGGGAGUUAGAGGCGAACCAGGAGAAGAAGGCCCUUUGGGACCGGAUGGACCAGUUGGAAGAUCUGGAAAGCCAGCAAGUAUCCCUAUAGGACUUGCUGGUUUGGAUGGAUUGCUGGGGGUUGAAGGAAAUGAAGGAGAUAAUGGUGAUAUUGGUUACAGAGGAACCCCUGGGAGGCCUGGUCUACCAGGGAAGAUGGGUCAAAGUGGACAACCUGGAUUGAGUGGUGGUCAAGGAGCACCAGGGUCAAAGGGUAAUCUUGGAUCAAAAGGAAAACGAGGACCUGCAGGGCCAAUGGGGCCAAGGGGUAUUCCAGGGUUUGGAGGAGCAAAGGGGAAGUUUGGCCAGCAUGGAUCAAAGGGUCAGGUUGGCGGCAGAGGCCUGCAGGGACAUAUUGGACCGCGUGGAAUCAAAGGGAAUCCAGGACUGCCGGGGAAUAAAGGGCGGCUAGGUCCAAAAGGCAUACAGGGAGACAUUGGUCCUCGUGGUCCACCUGGGAAAAAUGGCUUCCCUGGUCUACCUGGUCUCUUUGGAAAUAGGGGAAUGAAGGGGAUACAAGGAAUGCCUGGAGUUAAGGGACUGAAAGGUGCGCGUGGACAACCAGGAAAACCAGGUCCUCCUGGCCGUCCAAGAAACAGGCGACCUGGAGCCCUUGGUAAAAGAAGAGGAUCCAAAAAACAAACUCGGGCCAUGACCAGGAGAACGCUUACCUUACUGCCUGACCAGAACCCAAGCAGCUCCAUCAGCUGGCCUCAGGGCACCAAAGACAGCCCUGCAACCACCUGCCAUGAGCUGGGGCUGAUUCGCCCACACCUGCAGGAUGGACACUUCUACAUGGACCCUAACCAGGGCUGCCCAUUUGAUGCCGUGCAAGUCUUCUGUAACUUCACCGCAGGAGGGAUGACCUGUAUACCUCCUGUCCAGUCACAGAUAAUAGGAAAAUGGGAACCCGAAAAAAACAUGUCAAAAAAGUAUAUCCAGUGGUUUAGCCAGCUUGAUGGUGGCUAUAAGUCUGAGUAUGCUGGUCUUGAUGUGGUCCAGCUCCGAUUUCUACGGUUACACAGCCAUUCUGCCUCUCAGCACCUGUCCAUCGCCUGCCCGUUUAACCACAAUAGUAGAGAAAUCAGGAAAAAUGCAACAAACAGGGUUCUUCACUUUCUGGGAGACUCUGGUGGGGAGAUUGGUUCAAGCUAUAUGACAGUAUCGAGGAAUGGUUGUGAAGUGGAGGUGGAGGUACGAGUGAGGGGAAGCACAGAGAUCCACAGAGGGGACAUGGAGCUGCUGCCCCUCAGGGAUGUUAGUAUGGAGGGAAGGGGAGACCACUGGGACACAGAACUCAGAGCUGUCCUGGGACCUUUGUGCUUUUUGUAGUCUCAGUUUAUCCAUAGAGAAGCAGCUGUUUCUCCCAGAAGCAGCAAGCUCUGACCAGUGUAUGGGUCAAGAACAUUUGGUUGGAAUUCCUCUUCAGGACAAAAGAAAGAGAUAUCAUCAUGUUGUGUGAUCGCUGUAGCAUUUGUGUAAUUGUGAUAAAAAACUAGAGCUAUAUAAUAAAAUAUGUAUUUUAGAGUUAUUUGUUAAUCUUGUUAUCAUAUGUGUCUUUUAUAAAGAAAAAUAUAAAGCUGUUGUGUUGUUUGUAUCUCCCGCAUUUCAAUUUUUUUGAAUGAUUUAUUUUUCUUAGUGAUGUACUGUGUGUAUAUAUGCUUCAUAUUAGAUAAAUGUGGAUGUUUUGUUUAAUUGUUAAGCUUUGUAAGUAUGUCUUUGCUAUUAUCUGAUGUCUUGUUUUUUAUGCCUGUCGACUAAUACCUGAAGUCUUGAUGAACACCAAUAUCUGGAUGGUCUAAACUUCAAAUUGUUAUAAAUUGAAACAUUUGAAAUGUCACUUCAGUUUACUUUACAAUAACUUUAGCACACAUUUUAUGGUUUAUACCUCAAAUGCAGUAAACAGUAGUACACCCUGUUGUCACAAAUGGAAUUAACCGAAAUAUGUGCAAUAAAUUAUAUAAAUGGUUUUCGUAAGAUGAUGGAAAACUGUUGUAGUAGGCUGCUGUAUUUAUUACAGAACAUCAUUUGCAGGACAUUAAACCCAUGCUGGAUAAAA